AUGAGUAACCCACAGUCAAUCGACAAAUGUGAUACCCCCGUGUCAGAACACGGCGGAAGCGAUCCUAUAUCUUUAGUAGAAGAUGUCAUACCCCCCAGUUUAGUACCCAGUAUUGAAGGAAAUAGCCAAAUCUGGCCUUCGGCGGUGAAAUGUGAGAUGGACAUACCGGCGUGGCACUUGGCUCUUGACAAAGCCGGACUCCUGCCGGAAUUCGACGAUGUCAUCACGGGUUUCCGUAACGGGUUCCCUCAAGGCAUCCCGCCACACUCGCUAGGCGAGACACUCCCUUACUUCACACCCCCCAACCACGCUUCUGCUUGGGAGGCAAAAGAUAAAAUCGAAGAAAAACUUCAAAAGGAAAUCCUUGCAGGAAGGAUGUUUGGUCCGUUCACACACGACCAAGUCCAAGAAAAAUUUUCCUUCUUUCGAUCCAACCCCCUCGGUGCUGUGAUCAACGGAGACGGGUCCUUGAGGCCGACGAACAACUUGUCAUUCCCACACGGUAACCCUCAAAUCCCAUCGGUCAACUCGUUCGUAGACCCGAACGAUUUCCCCACAACGUGGGACGAUUUCAAUGUCGUUUCGAGCUUUAUUCGUAACAUCCCUCACCCGGUCUCCUUCGCGAUUUUCGAUUGGGAAAAGGCCUAUAGGCAAAUCCCGACAGCAAUGGACCAGUGGCCCUUCCUGUUCAUCAAAACUUUCGACGACAAACUCCUACUUGAUACAAGGAUAACAUUUGGCGGAGUCGCAGGCUGUGGCUCCUUUGGCCGACCAGCUGAUGCAUGGAAACAAAUAAUGCUGCACGAGUUCGACCUAAUAACAAUUUUCCGUUGGGUUGACGAUAAUCUGUUUGUCAAGAACAUCGACUCUCAGACUCGAAUGGAAGACAUUGUCGCUAGAUCUAAUGAACUAGGAGUCAAGACAAACGAUGAAAAAUUUUCUCCCUUCGCAACCAAACAAAAAUACAUUGGUUUCAUUUGGAACGGAAUCGACAAAACUGUAAGACUUCCGAACAAUAAAUUGAUCGACCGGAUCAACCAACUGAAGGCAUUUGCCUCUAAAGCGAACUUCUCAUACAACGACGUGGAGAUCAUGACCGGUAGACUGAACCACGUAUCUUACAUGCUCCCGCAGCUACGCUGCUACCUCUGUAGUUUCUACAGGUGGAUGAAGAGUUGGGUUGUAAAGACUGCCCUCCGCGAACUCCCGGACGACGUGAGAAGUGACUUAGAACGGUGGAUGCACACUCUCCUGACCUUCAAGCCAACACGCUUGAUGCCCAACCCCGCGCCAACAGAAAUCGGGUGGGUGGGUGAUGCGUCGACCGGAUUCGGAAUUGGCAUCCUCAUCGGACACCAAUGGGCCCAAUUUCAGUUAGCGGAAGAAUGGCUACAAAGAAGGCGCCACGCAGGAGGAAUAGCUUGGCUCGAAACAGUUGCAAUAAGGCUGGGACUCCUGAUGCUAGAAUCCCUGGGAAUCAAACAAGGCAAGACUUUUAUCGUCUGGACCGAUAACACCACAACCGAGAACGCCAUUCGGAAAAGGAAAUCUAAGGAUCACGCCGUAAACGAAGAAUGGAAAAUCAUCCAGGAUUUACUAGUUAAACUCCAAGCUGAUCUAGAACCACGCAGAGUGAACUCAGAAGGAAAUGUGGCAGAUGGCCUGUCCAGAGGGGAGAGAGAUGGUCAUGAUGCAAGACACAUAGUCCCUGUAGUCAUGCCCCUUGAUUUAGAGAACCUGUUGUUUCAAGUCUUGUUUUAA